GUCAGAAGUCUGGAUAUCGUCGUCGUCGUCGCUUCUUCUUCUGCACUGCACUGCUGCUGCUGGAUAGAGGGUUGGAUGAUAGGGAAAAAAGCGAAAAUCGAUGAUUUUGCUCGCGUCGAUCCACUGCUACGGUACUGGUGCUGUGUGUCUCUCUCGCAAGGGUCCCGUGUCCGCGGGUUGUGUCCGUGUUUUUCUUCAACGCCUUUACGGGAAACGCGCGCGUUCGCGGACGUCCGGAACCGAACGUCGUAGUCGCGGGUCGGGCGAACGGUAGUAGGCGGUACGUGGCCAAACCCGGUUGCGGUGGCAACUCGCGUGAAGAACCCCAAUUUUGCCGAGCUUGCUGCGAUUGCUGCUGGUGUAUCCAACUAGAAGUGCUGCGUGUGUGUGUGUAGCUGUGUAUGUGUGUGCGUGCGUGUGAAAAAAUGUGAAUCAUUUUCUCACUGGAGAAGAGUUUUUCUGGAAAAUCCUGUCGGAAGAAGCUGGAAUCCUUACGUGCCGGAUCCACAGCCCUCUCCAGGGGCGCUAGGAGUUCCUCUACAGAAGUGCUACGUGACACAGAGGGGCGGGUCUAGUGGAGGGUUCCGUUUUGUUCCGGAGCUCCGGAGGCAGAAGGAUUGUCCCCUUGAGGAAGUGUGUGCUUAAGAGUGGGCGAAAGGAGUGUCCUCCCCCCUCAAAGAGUGAUUUCGAAAAGAUAAAUUGCAUUGAGUGACCACCCCCCUUUCUUAAAAGGGGCACAUCCCCAGGAAGAAGUGUCCUACCCCGGAGCAAAGGUGAUUCCGGCCAGGGUGGACCGGGUCGUCAGAAUGGCGGACCUCACGAGGCCGCCCUUCAGCGAGAUCAAGCGACCGGAGGAGGUCGUCAAAAUGUCGAUGACGGACAACCUCAAGUUUGCCGUCCUGAUCGGCCUCAUCGAGGUCGGCCAGGUCUCCAACCGGGAGGUGGUCAACACCGUGCUGCACCUGGUAAGUCCUCUUUCUGUAUUGAAACGAUUGGCCCAGCAGGAUGGCAACACUUUGGCCAUUGGCCACCUGCCGGGCAAGCACGUGUAUUUAUGUGUGUGCGUGGUCAAAUUAGCAGUUUCCGGUGGAGUCUGCAGCGAAAAGCUUAUUAAUAAUUCAGGACGGAGCAGCAGCAGCAGCAGCACCGAGUGA